AUGUACUUAUCUUUACCCCUACCUUCAGCUGGAACCCAUGUAGAAUUGGUGAUUAAAUAUGAUAUCGAAAGGUUAAAAGUUAGCAAUAAGACAAUUUCCUUAGAGAUUGAAAGUGUGAUAAGUUUUUUCUCUGAGGAUACUCAGGUUGUGAGCUCUGUAAAAUGCCUGGAGGAUGAAUUAGAACUUAAUGCCCUUCAUAGGCCUGGUAGGAGAUGUUGCCAAGGAACAUGGAAAACGGAUCGUUGGAAGGGUAAAAAAACUGCCAACAUUCUUGCAGUAAUGGCAUCUGUAGCUGUUGCUUCAGCCCCCAAUAUCACCAUUCCAACUGAAUAUUGUCCAGACAAUAUUCAUCCCACAAAACUCUUGCUUGACCUGGGAAACUUGAUCAUCCGUACUCAGGAUGAUGAUGAUGAUGAUGAUGAUGAUGAUGAUGAUGUUUCUCACGAGAAGGAUAUUUAUCUCCAAUUCGGUGUAGUAUUAAGUGUUGUAUCUGCUUUUUUGUUGAUGAUCCAAUCAGAGAAUCCAUCUUUCCCCACAACAAGAUUAGUCCUGCGGCUUCCUUUCCUUGGAUUUCACUUUCCCCCUGCGCGUUAUCAUCGACUGAUGCAAGUUGCAAAGAUAUUUCAGGGAGAGGAUAAUGAUAAUGAAGGUCUUGCCCAGCCUUGGGAUCAAGAUGACUUUGAGGGUUGGUUAGAUGUUCUUAAUUGGAAGGGUGUGGGAAAUAGGGAAGCCGUUUGGCAGAGGAGAUAUUUCUUAAUCGGAAAGGGCUAA